GUACAUGUACCACGUCCUAACAAAGAACACAACAGUGACUGAUCACAACAGAAAUCUGCUGGUGGAAACUAUUCGCUCUAUUACUGAGAUUCUUAUCUGGGGUGAUCAGAAUGACAGCUCUGUCUUUGACUUCUUUUUGGAGAAGAACAUGUUUGCAUUUUUCCUCAACAUACUACGGCAGAAAUCCGGACGGUAUGUGUGUGUCCAGCUUCUGCAAACGCUCAACAUCCUUUUCGAGAACAUCAGUCAUGAGACUUCUCUCUAUUAUUUGCUGUCCAAUAAUCACGUUAAUUCUAUCAUUGUACAUAAAUUUGACUUCUCUGAUGAGGAAAUUAUGGCCUACUAUAUCUCCUUUUUGAAAACGUUGUCUCUGAAACUCAACAACCACACAGUGCACUUCUUCUACAACGAGGUAAGGUGCAUUUACUGGGGCAACUGUCAUUUUAUCAAAUGACGGGUUUAUAGACUGAAAGCAGAAGGGGGCUUUUAUUUGUGGGCUCAGAUGCAUUCUGUGUGUAACAGACCAUAGCGCACUUCCAGGAAGAGCUAACAGCCCACUGUGACUUGUAAAACCAUGUUUCCUGUGUUUUCAUGCAACUUGAGCAGUUAUUUUCUUUCACUUUGGACAAAUGCAGUCCAGCUGUAAAUUUACAACUGUUUUAUGUGGAUUGGAAGGUGACGGAAAUGUUUGGGGGCUCCUUUGUAUAGGGGGAAGUUAUUGGUGUACUGUAAAUGGUUGUGUUUAACCGUCAUGUGUUCUUUAUUCUGUGGCACCUUUGAUGCUGUUAAUCAUUGGUGUCAGGAAUAGAGAGGGCCUGCAUGGAAGGAUUUGCUCUAUGAGAGAUCUGAUGCUGCACUGAUUGACGUUGUCUUAAUGUAAAAUGUAAACCAGUGCAUAUUAAGACAAGCCUUUUACAGAAAUAUACUAAAACUAUAGUUUAAUCUGUUAAAGACUUAUGAAGCUUAUGACAUCAGCUUUUCCCUUUAGAAUAAAUGAGUUUUAUAGACACAGUAACAAAUGAAAUGUUGGGAGUGACAACAGCAUUGUUUGAGGAGUCACAUGAACUCUGUUGAACUCAUUAUGGUUGUUACAGUGAUAACCAUAGCAACAUUUUGGCAUCUUGUGGUAAACAAAAAACAUUUUGGGGUUUAACUAGUAUUCCUGACCAAAUUAAUAUUAGCAAAUGUAGACAUAUAAUUAGUUAAAGAAUGAUCUGAAUCUUCUAUCACAACAUAAAUAAUUUUAUAUCACCGAAUGAAGGAGUGAAAUGCAUGAAAGUCUGGCAUCAGUAUUAAAAUAGCCACACCUUAUGUAACACUUUGGUUAAAAACAGUAAACAU